AUAUAUAGGAGCAAACUGGCUUUGCCAGCACACUUCAGUGGAAAAAUAUGAAGGUAUUUCUAAUAACAGUUUGUGUCUUUUUAACAUAUUUCGGUUCCGCCGUCAAACUACCCUCCAGUUUUAUAAAAUGUGACCUCAAACAAACCGACUUCCAAGAGUGCUUGACGACAGCUGUUCAAAAUGCAAUAAGGCAACUAAAUCACGCCUUCAAUGAAGUAAAUUUGUUGGCAAUAGAACCUUUGGAGAUUCCAUCUUUGAGUAUAGCUGCUGGAUCUCGGAUUGUCUUUACACAACAAAACUAUAAAAAUUUGAAAUUCUCAGGUUUCAACGAGACUACUUGUUCCAAAGUCGAGUUUGACGUUGACACGAAGACGUUAAAACUAGAUUGCGUCGUACCACGUUUUCGAAUAGAAUUUGAUUAUGAUUUGCACGGGCAAGUUUUAUUGAUACCUCUAUACGGAAAAGGAAGUGGAUGGAGUAUUUUUCAUGAUAAUCAUUUGGUGCUUACUUUCAAGUUCGGGGAAUAUGAAAAAAAGGGUAAAAAAUACUACAACAUUAUUAAAAAUGAGCUUCUUAUGCAACCCCGAGAGAUUGAAAUUGAUGCAGACAAUUUGUUCGAUGGCGAUGAAGAGGCAGCCGAGCGAUUUAAGAAAAUAUUGAGAGAAAAUAUACUAGACGUUUAUGAUGAUGUUAAAUCUGGUUAUGAAGAAGCUUAUGGGAAGAUAUUUGCCUUUAUUUUGGAUGGGUUGUUGAUGAAAGUUCCGGUUGCUGAUCUCUUUGGUGAGAAAUAAUAUGUCGCUAUGGUGUGUGUUUUUUUUUGAAAACUAUAACACAGUAUCGUAUAUUUUAUAUAACUCUACAUUUAUAUUUAGACUUAAACAUUGUCACAAUACUUACAAUAUGUAAUAAAAAUUUUUAUUGUCUAAAGUUA